AUGAGCUGGAGCCUCAAGCCUGACAGCUUAGAAAGGCGGGAGAUGUAUCAGGACUUUAUGAAGAGCAUCCCGAUUCCUACUUGCCGGCGUUCUGUCAUUCCAUUUACAUCAUGGCAGGGUUUAGGUGGAUCGGUGAAGGCAUUAUAUGGGCAGCCAUUGCACUAUCUCACUAAUAAGCUCCUUAUAGAAUGGGACCAUUCAAGGGUUGGGAGCAAUGAUAUGUGUCAGCCAUUGGAUACCAUCAUCCAUCCGCUGAAGGCUGAGGCCCUCAUUUGGGUCACUGAAGAAGUCCACAGGCUGACAACCUCCCCCCAAUAUUUAGCUAGUCUCUGGACCUCCAAUCUCAUGUACCAUGCCCACAUCGACCCAAUUUUCCCAUGAAGCAAAACACCUGACCUUUUUCUGUUUUCUGUUAAAAGCUUUUUGGUUUCUUUGGCUCUGGAUUCCUCUCUUUGUAUUUUUGUAUUGAUAACUUAAGAAUGUAAAGAAUUUGGAAAUUGAAGAGCAUGCUUCUCGCAGUCUA